AUGACAAUAUUCACAAAAUUGCGAGAGUUCGAUGCUUACACGAAGCCGAUGGAAGAUUUUCGGGUUAAAACCCUUACCGGAGGGAUGGUGACUGUUAUAUCAUCAGUUGUGAUUGUUCUCUUAGCAAUCCAAGAAACUAGUCACUACCUUGCGGGUGACAUUGUAGAGCAGUUAUAUGUAGACUCUACAACUUCUGACAUUCGCCUUGAUGUACAUUUCGACAUUACUUUCCAUAGAUUACCUUGUGUCUUCAUCAGUGUAGACGUAAUGGACGUCACUAAUGAAGAUCAGGAUAAUAUACAGCAUGAUAUUUUUAAAUUACGGCUGGACAAAUAUGGAAAGAACAUCACUGCUGAAGUCCAAAAAAUUAAGGUCAACCAAAACAUCACAGCCGCUGUUAUCUCAAAACCAGAAUGUGGAAGCUGCUAUGGAGCAUUGCCAGAGAAAAGUUGCUGCAAUACAUGCGAGGAAGUUAAACAAGCCUUUGAGAUGAGAAAUUGGGCAAUAGAUCUUGAAAAAGUAGAGCAGUGUGUGUUUGAUCCAUGGCUCAAUAAGUUGAGAUAUUACGCAGGAGAAGGAUGCCGUGUGUACGGCAAAAUUGAGGUGGCAAAAGUUGCUGGAAAUUUUCAUCUUGCUCCAGGCGAAGCACGCAGAAUUAUGAACACACAUGUCCACGACUUUCACGGUCUCGCAAUGACUCGAUUCGACACUGCUCAUCGGAUAAACCACCUAGCUUUUGGUGACGAGUUUCCGGGAAAACUGCAUCCGCUAGAUGGAAGGAAUUUUGACGAUGGAAAACCGGCUAUGAUGCACAACUACUAUUUAAAAGUCGUUCCAACUAGAUAUGUAUAUAUGGACGGACGUAUUGAGAACAGUCAUCAGUUUUCGGUCACAACUCAUAAAAAGGACAUAGCGAGGGAUGAUGCAACCGGCAUUCCGGGGUUUGUUGUUCAAUACGAAUUUAGUCCGCUAAUGGUGCAACGUGAAGAAAAGCGACAGCAUCUCAUCACUUUCAUGGUAUCGCUAUGUGCCAUCAUCGGAGGAGUCUUCACUGUGGCGCAGCUCAUUGAUACCGUAACGUACCAUUUUUUUCGGAUUAUCGAAGAAAAAUUCUGCUCGACUAAAAUUGGAUAGUUCAGCUUCCACUUCCACUUCACUAUUCGACUCAAAAUCACUUUGAUGGCGUUUUUUCAAGCUUUAAUCAUCAGUUUGUAGGAUAGUGGGUUGAAGUCUAGUACAAGAAAAUGCUCAUAUUGCCGCUGAGCCACGAGAGCGUGCUUUGCGCGCGGCACCAGAGCACUGGCGCGCACUCAUGCGCGAAUGUGGAGCGCAGUCCGCAAGUUAUCUUGGCAGCCGUGCGCGAGACACGCUCGCGGGCGUUCAGCCUACGGCAGUAUGGGCGAUUUCUUGCAGUCAAUUUUAUCUAGGAGGGACAUUAAGGACCUGAAAACUGACUUAGGUGCGCGCCAUAUUUGAUGCGUUUGAUCUGCUUGAUCCUCUUCGUGAAAAAUGUGC